AUGGCGGCAAGAAGAAAAAUAUCUCGACGCCGAAAUAGACGCUGUCGAAAAUCUUUCUCUGGUGUCGACAUCGGACUGGUGGAUGUAUUUUGAUUGGGCCUGUCUAUUCCUCAUUCUCGCGUCCAUUACCACGCUAACCAUAUUCUUCGUAACUGAUUAUGACCAUAAGCAUGGUUCCCCAAAGGUAACUGUGAGUCUUAAUAAUAAAUGAGGUUAAGGUAAUUCCGCAGUUUUGUAUUGCGCACUUAGUACUGCGCAGAAUCGUAUAACUUAUAAUUUCAUCCAUUAUACGUACCAUUUAAAAAAUAUCAUUUUAUGACAAUUUUAUGUUACUUCAAAACAUCUUUGGUUACAUUCGUGCAAAGAAUUACGUUAAAGGGUAUUGGCAACAAAAAUUUUUAUUGAUUUUAUUGCCUCAUCUGAAGGAGCAUGAAAAAAUAAGCCGAUUGGCCGUUUACUGCUCUAUUCUAUCUCAUCUGGUUCCGAAGUUAUACGCAAAAAUGUGCAAAAUAUAAAUUGCUGAUUCAGCACAUUCUGUGACGUCAUAAGCUGGGUAAGUAUGUUUAUUGAAUAGUAAACUAAAGCAUAGCUGAGUUAUUAUUAGUUCAAAUCAAAUGAAAUUUUGCAUACAGAUAGUACAUGAUGAGAUGCAUGGGAAAAAUACUUCUAAUUUCGUUGUCAAGGCAACACAGUCGUUCCCAGGCCUCUUACACUGAUUUUGAAUAACUAGUUGCAUUUAUCUAUGUGUAUGUCAUUUUCGAAUUAUUAUCAUGCAAGUAAACUUUUGGCAUGUAUAGGUAUCAUACACAUACUUCUGAUAUUAUUUUAUUCUUAUCAGUACCUUGAAUAAAGCUGUUUCAUAAAAUUGGCGCAAGGGGCCUGGAAACGACACUGUUACCUUGGCAACAAAAUUAGAAGUGUUUUUCCAUGCGUCUCAUCAUGUACAAUCAGUAUGCAAAAUUUCAUUUGAUUUGGGCCCAUAAUAACUGAGCUAUGCUUCAGUGUAGUAUUCAAUAAACAUACUUACCCAGCUAAUGACGUCACACGUUGUGCUGAAUCAGCAAUUUAUAUUUUCACAUUUUUGCGUAUAACUUCGGAACUAGAUGAGAUAGAAUAGAGCAUUAAACGGCCAAUCGGCUUAUUUUUUCAUGCUCUUUCAGAUGAAGCAAUAAGAUAGAUGAAGCAAUUUUUGUUGCCAAUCUCCUUUAAAAUCAAUGUUUUCAAAAAAGGCAUACAAAAGUGUAGCUAGGGUUACCUGUGCAUGUCUGUAGUAUAUUUAUUUACUUGUAUUUCACGUUUUAAUGCCACAAUUCCCUAAAAAGAUCAGUGACCCCCGUUUUUUAACUGAUAAUUUAUUUCUUUAAUGCAUUUUACAUUUCAUAUCCGAAAUUAAAAAAAAAAUCAUUUCUGGAUCUUGAAUAAAAAUGCUUUAUCAAUGCAUGUUCUCAAAGAAAGAUAUGUAAAGAAAUGUGGAAAAGACAUUAUUUUGUGGAUCAGAAUUGUACACUUUAGUCGUUUCAUUUUGCUCAAAACACAAUAUGUUUUCAAAAAUAAUUACAUGAUAUGUUUACUAAAGCAAAAUCCCCGCUAAAAACGUCAAUAAAUAUCGGGCUGUUGUGAGUUUGCUGUUACUCGUAAUGAGCGUCAAGAUGGCGUCAUAUUGGAGUAAAGGUGGUAUAUUGUGAUUGUCAUAUCUUCUUAACGAGUUCGGUGACCCCGACUUUUUUGUGUGAUUUUACUUUAAGUACAUCAUAAAAUCCAUGCCUGGGAAGUUUCAGCACAUUCUCAUUUCGGGAACAAUUACUGCGGAAUUACCUUAAUAAGGCGAGACUUUUUUUAUUUAUUGGUUUACGGAUUUGACUUUAAUUAAAAAUAAGAGGUCGGUAGGUCGGAAAUAGAUAGCAGGUAGAUAGCAGGGAUAGAUCCAGCAUGAUCUGGUAGGGGGGAGGGUGCUCUGGUGCCAACUGCCGAGUUGUGUCGGUCAUGUGUGCCACCCGCCAAUCAACUACUGUAUUUGAAUUGUAAUUGUUGUUCACAGUUCACUUAUCAUCAUGUUAUUACUCAAAUUACUGUAUCUCAUUUUGUCUUUUUUGCUUUAUCAUGAAAAAUAGCAACCCCCCCUGCACCCCCCUGGCCAGGGCUAGGCAUCCCUGGUAGUGCAAGGAUAUUCGAUGAAUAUCCUUGCACUAUCGCCUUCACUUCAGUGAACAAGUAUAUGUAGAGCGAAUGGGCUCAUUUUUUGCAAUCUUUCAUCGUAGGGAGCCAAUGAUACUAAUACGCCCACUAAUUCUGCGAAUGAAGUCUCUCCUUCAGUUUUCUGGAAGGACCUCGAUGUGUAUGUUAUGAUUGCGAUGCUGAUCGUUCUUUGGUUCAGAAUGUUUAAAUACGCGAGGCCGUUUGAAAAUGCAGGUUUGUGAAGAGGAGAAUCUUUUGUAGGCUAUGUUGAGCCCUGAUCAAACAAAAAUGAGAGUUGAUGAGAGUCGAGAAGCGAGAGUUUGCGUGAGUGUUUUCGGAUAAUUCCAUGCCAUUUCAACACUGGCAUGACACCCACCCCCUCCAAAUUUCUUUAUAUUUUGCAGGCAGUAACAUUGUGUGGGAAUAGUUUAAGUUCAAAAUUUGAGCAUCAUAGCUGUAAUAGUUUUUGAGGUAUCGUAAUAUGGCCCGAAAAACAAAAAAGUGUACCACUGUACCAAGUGUGCCAAGUGUACGCAGCAUACUCAUGAGAAUUCUCGUGAGUAUAUGUCACUGUAUUUUGGUAUAUAUAUAUAUAUAUAAAGAUAAAAUAAACCUGGUUUACUUCAUAAGAUUUAUUCACUACAAACUUGUUUCGUAUGACAAGCAAUGCUUGCCACACUCAUCAGGUGAAUUUAAAUUCACCUGAUGAGUGUGGCAAGCAUUGCUUGUCAUACGAAACAAGUUUGUAGUGAAUAAAUUUUAUGAAGUAAACCAGGUUUAUUUUAUCUUUAUCUAUAUUAGCUCUAUACUUCGGUAUAUCGAGCACUCUACUCAUAUAUGAUUCUAAAUACAUAUUUGGUAUAUAUAUAUAUAUAUAUAUAUAUAUUAUAUAUAUAAGCAUAUAUAUAUAAGCGUGCUCAUGAGAUUAUUAAAAAAAAUUGCCUCAUGAAUUAAAUUGAAAUUUUUAAUGCUUAUUAUACAGGCCCCCAUGUUGUGAUCUUUGGUAGCGUCGUCGGAGACAUUCUGAAAUGGAUUGUUCUCAACGCAGCUAUAAUAAUUCCCUUUGCUUGCGCGUUCUGGAUCGCAUUUGGGAAAUAUUCGGACACCCCAGCUGACGGCUACAAAGACGUAUCGUCCCUGGCGUACAACGUCUUCCAAAUGAUGAUCGUCGGAAACUAUCAAUGGGAGGAACUGGAGAAAAGAAAUGUAACACUGGCGCGCAUAUUAUGUGGAACUUUCAUCCUAACUACUGCUAUCAUCACGCUCAACUUGCUCAUUGCUUUGGUAACGAACACGUUCGAGCGGCAUUACGAAAACGCAGUUGCACACGCGGUCAUGCAACGCGCGCGCACGAUAUUGCUACUUCAAUCACGAAUGGGAAACGCGAAACGCAAGCUUUACUACGAUUUUAUUAGAUCGAACGCAAGCCCGCAGAUUAUUCAAAACAAAUACGGACGACUGAUGGCGAAGAAGCCCGAAGACAGAGCGAAUAUUGAACGAGUUUACGACGACGUUCGGCAUAUCAAAAGCGUCCUGGCAGAACGAUUUGGAAAACGUUUCGGAAAGGGGAAAAAAUCUGAUCUCGAAAUUGUCCGCGAGGAUUUGGGGAAAGUUAAAAAGUCUGGAAAGGAGUUGGCGAACGAUAUCAAAAACUUGAAGUUAAUAUUGUACGGCAUGGGAGGACAGCCUGUGUCGCCUGUGAAGAGAUCGGUGGAGAGUAGAAACAGCAGCACGGAGCUCUCGAAAGAUAGGAAGGGGCAAGUGAACGCCAGCUUGAAUAGAGAAGGUAGCAAGAAUGAUGACAACAACAACAACAACAACAACAACAACAACAACAACAACAACAACAACGACGACAGCAAAAACAAUAACGACAACGACAGCAACAACAACAACAACGGCAAGAACAAAAAGCGACACCGCGGGCGAAGAUCUUCAAGGAAGACUGCAACAAGUUGUAGCGAGAGCUCUGAAUCUGAUGACGCAUUCGCGCCCGGUUCGCCCCCAAUGCCUCGUGAUAAGCAAAAAUGGGGACGACGGAAAUCAAUCGGUGAAAAGCGGGGAGAAAAUGGAGGCAAGCACAGUAAACACAAACAUGACGGCUAUGAAAAGUGGUGGAAAGGUAAGUAGAAAUGAAUCAAAAGAUAGAAGUGUAUACUUGAUGAUUCACGUGCGUCUGUGUGUGUAGUUAGCACGAUUUAUUAUUACGAAAAUUUGUGGGUCUAACAGACACUGUCCAAGAGCAAAAAUUGAUGGAUGAAAAGUGGAUGAAAAAUUAUUCAGUUUCUCACUCAUUGGUGAGCAGAUUUUUUCCCAACAGGCUAUUGUCCAAUUGAUAGGGAAUCCGAAGUACCUACGACUUUAUCCGAGAAGACGCGAAAGUCUAACCAUUUACUGAUAUCAAUGUAAAGGUAGUACUUUCUCCUCAAUUAUUUUAAGACCUUGGGUACGUGGAAGUCCGACCAAGGAUCUCCCAGCUUGAACGACACGACACCACAAGUGCUGGUAGUGAAAUAGGCAAUUCCAGCUUUUAAUUUAUGCGUGCAGGGGGUGGUGGAGAGUAAGGUAUCAUAUUGCUGAUUAUGCUGAAAAAUUUCAAUAAAAACUGCAGAAACAACCGAAAUAUUUCAAUAUUUACAAGUAUAAGCUAUCACUAUAAGCUAUCAAUUAUAAGCAGCCACCAUUUUUAUUUUUUCAGCAUAAUCAGCAAUAUGAUAUCUCACUCCCCCCCUGCACGCAUAAACUAAAAGCUGGAAUUGCCUUUCAGCACUAAGUUUGUCUUCCUCUGCCGGGCAGAGUGCACUGAAUGCGUAAUUAACCCACUGUAUAAUUUAUGCAUGAUACACAACUUAAUUCGCCUGCGGAGGUUCGCAGUCCCCUCUAGUUGAUUGAGUUAUCAACCUAUUGAUUUAUCGACUAUCGAGUUAUUAACCUAUUGAUUUAUCGACUAUCGACUUAUCAACCUAUUGAUUUAUUGACUAUCGAGUUAUCAACCUAUUGAUUUAUCGACUAUCGAGUUAUCAACCUAUUGAUUUAUCGACUAUCAUUUUUAGGAGAUUACGACCAGCAAUCAACAUCGGGAAGAAGCAGAAACGAUGUGCCCGUCAGAUACUUCCAACCCAGCUCAGAACCCACCUACAUUGAACCACAAUAUCCACAGUGCCAUAUACCUAUAUACCCUUUCCAAUCCAACAUCCGACGGGCGAAUAUACCUCAUGUUAUCUAUAAUACACCUGCUAUCCCGCAAUACCACUCGGUGACACCCAUACCCCAGCCUAGGGGUCAUCUGGCAAAUGUGUUUCCAACAACUGUGGAGAAUUUCGCCUAUGAGCAUUCAACUGCAUCAGAAGACACCAGUCUUGCUUUUCAGCCACUCAGAAGGAUUUCAGGGGCUUCUGUAGGUCAACGGGUGACACCUGGGUACACGAUGAUGCAUGUCCCAGAAGAGAUACAACAAAUCAGAGGGACAGACUCUCACUCAGGCCCCCGAAGGAGUAGCACUUUGACACACUCUGGAACAAUCUCUAAAAUGAUGUCUGGUCAAUCCUUGGCACAAAACGAGGUACGAUAUACAUUUCUAACUGAAUUAAGAUUGGAUUUAGACUACACACGUAAAAACGCACAAGUUGUGUUCACAUGGCAUUAUCAGACCAUAGUUAAUAGAGGAGAUGGUUUGGAAACUCGUUAGCAUUACAAUAAAAUCACAAUAAACCACAUUAUCUAUGUUGUUCAGGUUUAUGCAAAAAUGUGGUCUUUCAUCGUCACGUGCGUAUUGUAUUUUCUCAAGUCAACCAAUAGGAAUGUUCAAAAUGUCCUAUUGUUAAAGUCAUGGAUGGGCAAUUGGACAAAACCGUUGCUAUUGGCUGGUUGAGCAAAAAUACAAUACGCACGUGACGAUGAAAGACCACAUUUUUGCAUAAACCUGAACAAAAACAUAGAUAGUGAGGUUUAUUGUAAUGCUAAUGAGUUUCCAAACCAUCUGCUCCAUUAACUAUGAUCAGACUUAUUACAAGGUUGUUCUGGUACAGUCAUGAUAUAACAAGAAUCAGGGGCGUAGGAAGCAUCAAACGUUUGGGGGGCACCGGCUUCUAGGGGCACUUUAGGGUAUUGAAAAUGGCACCUAAAAAUUUUUCCCGCAAAUGUUGGCGACGGGGGGGGGGGGGUUGGUUCCCGUCGUACCAUACUGAAAUUGCACGUUUUUGACCAAUUUUUUUUUUAAAAACUUGGAAAUUUCCAAACCAAAAAGGCACCUUUGAUGUUAAUUUAGUAUUUACAGCGACAUUAGCUUGUACAAAAAGGGCACUUUUCAUCACAAAAAAGGGCACUUUUCAACACAAAAAAGGGCACUUUUUAGUUUAAAAAAAUUGGGGGGCACGUGCCCCCCCGGUUCCUACACCCUUGACAAUAAUGUUACAAGAUUGUAACAAUAGUGUUAUAUCAUGACUGCAUCGGACUUGUUGGAACAACCUUGCAACAAGUCUGAUAAUAUCAACAAGGUUGUUACAAAUUGUUAACAGCUUGUGCCAAACUUGUUGACAACUUGGGACAAGCAGUGGAAAGGAACUUGUUGGCAGACUUGCUACAAGAUGUGAGAUUUUGUGUGUGUAGGACUCAGUGCACAGCUUCGCUACUAUUUUGCUUAUCAUGGAGUUUGACCAGUGCAUAUUUUAAACGUUUUACAGUGGGGGAUCAAAACGAAGAUUAGGGCCUGGUGCGGGCUUCCCAGUGUAAGAUGUGGGUCACUCAGGGUACGGUUAUAGAGCCCAGUCUAAAACAGUAACAACACACGUAAAAAUCUCACAACUUGUCAACAAGAUGUGUUCGCAACAGGCUUGUAGCAAGCUUGUCAACAAAGUUUACAACUUGUAACAAUGGUGUUAUUUUAUCAAGUUGCUACAAGAUUGUCACUCACAACUUGUUGACAAAUUGUUGAAUAACAGGACGAUAACAAGUUGUCGAAAUAAAUUGUAACAAGUCUGUUGAGCUCAACAACCUUGUAGCAAGUUGUCAUCAAGCUGGGAACAAGCAGUGCGAACACAUCCUGUUGACAAGUUUUUGGAACAACAUUGCUACAAGUCUGCUGCAGGUUUGUUUCAGCUUGUGCGUGUUUACGUGUGUAGAUAAGCAAUAUCUGUUUUGGGGGUAAACAUUAGAUAUACUACUUUUAAACAAAAAGAAGAAAAAAUCUGAAUAAUGCCUUAAUCUGUCAAAUAGAUAUACUAUGAAGAUGAAAUGGCUUCGUCAACUCAACCAGAGAAACCAACACCAGUAAUUGUUCAACCAGCAGAACAAGCAGUUUCA